AUGGAUGAACAGAGUAUGUCAAUCUCGGAGCAGAUAGACGAGUUUCGUGAGCUCUUUGACCCGGACUGUUCGGAAGAGUAUUUUUUACGGUGGAAGGCUACGUUAAGAAACUGCAUGCGAUCGCAUUUACAAAAGUCAAAGACGUUUUCAGACCAACCCGACAAUAUAGCAAAAAUUGAGCAAGAGUUCUGGCCUAUGUACCCAAUUUUCUUUUUGAUCAAAGACGACGGUCUCCAGCAAUGA